AUGCUCUUGUCCCUCAUCGUCAACGAAGUAAAUUUGUACAGCUUCAUCACGAAUUACUUACCGUUUGCAACAUCGAGGAGGUCGACAGUGGUAGCAAAAGCCGGCGGUAACAAGGGCACAGCACCGGCAAUUGCCACAGGAUCUACCUCAACGGGAUUGCUGGGCUCGAAUUUUGUCCAAACGCUGAGCAGUUCUUUUGUUGGUUCUAAUCAAAAUAGCAGAAGUAGUAGCCGUGAAUCGUUGGACAAGCAAUUUCAACAAAAUUGUUCCAUCAAGUCAUCUAAUAAUCCCCAACAAACACUUGCAAAAGUAGUCAUGUCGGAAAUCGGCUCGAUUCCAAUUGCAAACGAAGCCGGCGGUACACACUCGAAUGCAACAAUAGUCAAAGAGGGGUGGUUACAAAAACGCGGAGAACAUAUAAAAACAUGGCGCUCCCGCUAUUUCAUACUACGAUCGGAUGGAACUCUUCACGGUUGGCGCAACAAACCGAACGAGAAUGCACCGCCCGAAAGACCCUUAAACGAUUUCACCAUUAAGGGCUGUCAGAUCAUGACCGUUGAUCGUCCCCGACCAUACACGUUUAUAAUACGUGGUCUACAGUGGACUUCUGUCGUAGAGCGUACGUUUUCCGUUGAUACUGAACGAGAGAGACAGGAGUGGACAGACGCCAUCAGGACUGUGGCCAGCAGCUUGAGUGAACUAGGCGAAACCGCCAUGAGCACCACAAAUAGCACAGAUAUGACAGAUGUCGAUAUGGCUUCCCUGGCAGAGGAUGAGUUGUGUGAAAAAUUCUCAGUUCAAGGUACAUCCACACGUAGCAGUGGUGGAGUUAAAAAGGUGACUCUGGAGAACUUUGAAUUUUUGAAAGUGUUGGGUAAGGGCACAUACGGCAAAGUGAUUUUGUGCCGUGAAAAGGCAACUGCCAAAUUGUAUGCCAUUAAGAUCUUAAAGAAAGAAGUGAUCAUCCAGAAAGACGAAGUCGCUCACACAAUUACAGAAAGUCGAGUUCUUCAAACAACAAAUCACCCAUUCUUAAUAUCCCUCAAAUAUUCCUUCCAAACGAACGAUCGUCUUUGCUUUGUAAUGCAGUACGUAAAUGGCGGUGAGCUGUUCUUUCAUUUGAGUCGCAAACGUGUCUUCAGUGAGGAGCGUACUCGCUUCUAUGGGGCCGAAAUUAUAUCAGCCCUAGGAUAUUUGCAUUCACAGAGCAUUAUAUAUCGUGAUUUGAAGUUGGAAAAUCUGUUGUUGGACAAAGAUGGUCACAUUAAAAUUGCCGAUUUCGGGCUUUGUAAGGAGGAUAUAACCUAUGGUCGCACUACAAGAACAUUCUGUGGCACGCCGGAAUAUUUGGCGCCAGAAGUAUUAGAAGACAACGAUUACGGACGUGCUGUGGAUUGGUGGGGUACGGGUGUUGUUAUGUAUGAAAUGAUGUGUGGACGUCUUCCAUUCUAUAAUCGCGAUCAUGAUGUUCUUUUCACACUCAUUCUUGUGGAAGAAGUGAAAUUUCCACGUACAAUUUCCGAUGAAGCCAAAAGUCUGCUGGCCGGUCUUUUGGCAAAAGACCCCAAAAAACGUUUGGGUGGCGGUCCAGGCGAUGUCAAAGAAAUCGAAGUGCAUCCGUUCUUCGAUAGUAUUAACUGGACAGAUUUGGUGCAAAAGAAGAUUGAACCUCCUUUCAAACCGCAAGUAACAUCGGACACAGAUACACGCUACUUUGAUACAGAGUUUACCGGCGAGAGUGUCGAAUUGACGCCUCCAGAUCCUGCAGGCCCUUUGGGUUCCAUAGCCGAAGAACCUCAUUUCCCUCAGUUCAGUUAUCAAGAUAUGGCGUCUACCUUAGGUACUUCAUCACACAUUAGCAAUUCAUUGGCAUCGAUGCAAUAGAAAAGAGUGCAAAGCAUUUGUUUAUAACAUUACACAUAUUGCCUAUGCCAGCAACAACAAUAUAAGCCGUGUUCACGUUUAUUAUAUCGCGAAAUAUUACUAUCGUUCACCUAUAUGUUCGUCGAAAGCGUAUGCGCGAUCUUAUCCUAAUAAACACUAAUGACAAAACAA